UCUCACAACAUGUAUUGUUACAGGAGGUGCCUUUUUAUCAACUCACAAAAGGAAAAGUUGAGAUACUCGUCGCCCCAGAAUGGACUCCAACGUUGGACAAAAUUAUGGAAUUCGAAAAUCUGAAUGUCAAUGUCCUAAUUGAAGAUUAUUCGAAAAUAAUAAAUGAAGAAAAACUCAGUUUGAACCGUAAAUUGGGAUUCUCCUGGACGGCCUACCAUGACGUAAACGACAUCUACAAGUACCUUGAAGACGUAAACAAAGCCCAUUCAGAUUGGACAGAAGUUAUCGUGGGCGGUGAAAGUUAUGAGGGCCGUAAAAUCCAAGGCAUCAGGAUCAAUACGCCUACCGGAGAUGAGAACAAACCGGUUAUUUUCAUUGAGUCAGGUUUGUACAGUUUAUAUAGUACCUACUUUGAAAAACAAACUGCUACGACACAAGGGAGUCGCCAAGGAGGACAGGGAGGGGCGCCUGCUCUCCCCCCUCUAGAGAUUCUAAAAAAGUUGCCAAAUAUAAGCAACCAAAGUUCUAAGUCUUUGACAGUUGAAACUCGAAUGAAUUCACCAAUUCCAUUUCUUAUAUUCAGUACGCUCAAUUACGCUCUGUUCUAUGUUAUUGUUAAAGCGGAGAGUUGGAGUGGGGAGGAACACGUGCUUUCCAGUUUAC